AUGCAGGCGGACGACAUGGAGGUACCUAUCAUUCAUAACCUAAAGGAGAACGGCGACAGGCACAAGGCCAGCGCCAGAGAGGUGCUGAAGGAGCCGCAGAAGGACUCGGAGGGCUCCAUGGAGUCUCCCAACCUGGAGUUUGAAUACGGAGACACGGACACACUCACCGCCGAACUGUCAGAGCUGUACAGUUACACAGAGGAGCCGGAGUUUGCCUUGAACAGAGACAACUUUGAAGAGGACUUUAAGAAUCAUGCCAAAGGACGGCGGUGGACAGAGCUGCAGCUGGAGGAGCAGAGAGCGUAUGUGAUGAGGCUGCUGGACGCUUUGGAGGUGACCGAUCGAGACAAAAGGCUGAAGGUGGCCCGGGCCAUCCUCUACCUCACACAGGGCGUGUUUGAUGAGUGCGACACAGAGGUGGACGUGUUGCAUUGGUCCAGACAUAACGUGUUCCUGCUGUACGACAUGGGCAUCUUCACUGCACUGCUGGAGCUGCUCAACAUGGAGAUAGAUAACAGCCAGGCGUGCAGCAGCGCCGUGAGGAAACCCGCCAUCUCUCUGGCCGACAGCACUGAGCUCAGAGUGUUAUUGAGCAUUAUGUACUUGAUGGUGGAAACGAUCAGAGUCCAGACUGAAGACGACAGACUGGAGUGGAAAACUGCACGAGAAUCCUUCAAGAACGAGCUGGGUUCCCCUCUGUACAACGGCGAACCUUUUGCUCUCCUCCUCUUCACGAUGGUCACUAAGUUCUGCAGUAUGAACGCUCCACACUUCCCCAUGAAGAAAGUCCUGCUGCUCCUGUGGAAAACUAUUCUGUUCACACUGGGAGGAUUUGAGGAGCUGCAGGAGAUGAAGGUGCGUGGCAGGGAGCGCCUGAACUUGUCUGCGCUGCCUGAGGACAGUAUCCAGGUGGUGCGCGCCAUGAGGGCCGCGUCCCCUCCAGCCUCAGCCAUGGAGCUGAUCGAACAGCAGCAGCAGCAGAAGAGAGGCCGCCGCAGCCGCAGGAGUGCCUUUGUUGAUAGCUUGGAAGGAGACAGUCCCUUUCCCAAGAAGCAGCCGCUGGUCAAACAGGACAGCCUGGACACAUACAACGAGCGCGACCCGUUUAAGAAUGACGAUGCGCGGGACGAGGAGGAAGACCCGGAGGACACGGACAGUGGCAUAGAGGGCGAGGUGGACCCCCUGGAGAGAGAUGCCAUCAUCCAGCCUCCUCCACCACCUCCGCCGCUCAGGCCUCCAACGGACCGGGUCAACUUCCCCAAAGGACUGCCCUGGGCGCCCAAAGUCAGGGAGAAGGACAUCGAGCACUUUCUGGAAACGAGCCGCAACAAGUUCAUUGGGUUUACUCUUGGGAGUGACAUAGACACUCUCGUUGGCCUUCCCAGACCCAUUCAUGAGAGUGUGAAGACUCUGAAGCAGCACAAAUACAUUUCCAUCGCUGAGGUUCAAAUAAAGAGGGAGGAGGAACUUCAACAGUGUCCAAUGACCUUGGGUGAAGAGGAUAUAGAGGAAUCACCUGCAGAAAUUCUAUAUUUGGGCAUGCUUCCUAAUCUCUCUCAAUAUGUGAUCGCUCUCCUGAAGCUCCUUCUGGCCGCUGCUCCCACCUCCAAAGCUAAAACUGACUCCAUCAACAUCCUGGCAGACGUGCUGCCAGAGGAGAUGCCCAUCACGGUUCUACAAAGCAUGAAGCUGGGGAUCGACGUCAACCGCCACAAAGAGAUCAUCGUGAAGGCCAUCUCUGCUCUGCUGCUGCUGCUGCUCAAGCACUUCAAGCUCAACCACAUCUAUCAGUUCGAGAUUGUCUCUCAGCACCUGGUGUUUGCCAACUGCAUCCCACUCAUCCUCAAGUUCUUCAACCAGAACAUCAUGUCCUACAUCAGUGCUAAAAACAGUAUCUGUGUGCUGGACUUCCCUCACUGCGCAGUCCAUGAGAUGCCGGAGCUCACAGCCGAGAGCUUGGAAGCAGGAGAUGCUAACCAGUUCUGCUGGAGGAACCUGUUUUCAUGUAUAAAUCUUCUGAGAAUACUGAACAAGCUGACCAAGUGGAAGCAUUCCAGGACCAUGAUGUUGGUGGUUUUUAAAUCGGCUCCAAUCCUGAAGCGUGCGCUGAAGGUGAAGCAGGCCAUGAUGCAGCUGUAUGUGCUGAAGCUGCUGAAGAUCCAGACCAAGUAUCUGGGCCGGCAGUGGAGGAAGAGCAACAUGAAGACCAUGUCCGCCAUCUAUCAGAAGGUCCGGCACCGGCUCAACGAUGACUGGGCUUACGGCAACGAUAUCGACGCACGGCCAUGGGACUUCCAGGCCGAGGAGUGCGCCUUGAGAGAGAGCAUCGAGAAGUUCAACAGCCGGCGCUAUGACAGAAACAAGAACUGGGACUUCACACCGGUGGACAACUGCCUGCAGAGCGUUCUGGGCCAGAGAGUCGAGCUGCCCGAGGACUUCCACUACAGCUACGAGAUGUGGCUGGAGAGAGAGGUCUUCUCUCAGCCAAUCCAGUGGGAGGGGCUGCUGCAGAGUCCAUAG